AUGAGCAUCGGCACCGCAGCCUUCAACUUCACGCGGCUCUCUGGCACGUGGAUCAACGAGCUCUCCUCCGUGCUCGUCCUCCACGCGGACAAGACCGGCGGGCUCACCGGGACGUACAACUCGGCGGUCGGCACGGCCGAGGACGAGUACAUCGUCACGGGGCGCUUCGACACGACCCCGCCCGCGGGCGAGGGCGUCGCGCUCGGCUGGGUCGUCGCGUGGAAGAACAAGAAGCUCGACGCGCACUCGGCAACGGGCUGGAGCGGCCAGUUCUACGCCGGGGCCAGCCACCUCCAGGACACCAUCCUCACGCAGUGGCUCCUCACCAGCAGCACCACGCCCGCCAACAACUGGGAGAGCACUAAUGUUGGCACGGACCUGUUCAAGCCGAAGGCCGCUGUUUCGGGGCGCAGCGCUAGCGAGGGGCCUGUCGUCGCGCGGUUUGCGUCGCCCACUCCGGAACAGAUCGUCGCCAAGAGAAGCAGCUUGAACGAUCUUGACUAG